GUUACUGACUCGCUUACUGCCCAUCUCGUCGCUACUGACUCUGAACACGAAAUAAGCCAUGGCCAAGCUCACAGAAUAUGAGCUUGAACGUCAAGCAAAUAUCGAAAGGAAUAGGAAACUACUUCAAUCCCUAGACAUAGAUAGUAUUAAGAACACCAUGCAAGCAAAGCCAAAGCCGCCUCCCAAGUCAUCCAGUAAACGAAAGUCAAAGCUAAUCGAUCUAGGCGAGAAGGAGAAUGAUGAGGAUGAAGAAGCGGAAGGUCGACCGAGGAAGGCUGCUCGUGUAGAAGAGGAGGACGGGGAGGUUACGCUUCGGAGAAGCUCACGCAACGCGGGGAAGAAGUUUGACUACAAGGAAAUAGAGCAAGAUCGUUCAGCGCGUUCAUAUCGUGUCUCGAAGCGUGCAGAGGAGGCGAUGGACCGCGAGCCUCGCUCAACUAACAAAAGAACACAGGACCCAAAACAAUACGGUCAUAUCCCUGGCGUUGAGGUUGGGGCUUGGUGGGAGACAAGAGAAGCUUGCAGUGCUGAUGCUGUCCACGCUCCAUGGGUCGGUGGCAUAUCUUGCGGUUCCAAAGGUGCAUAUUCGAUUGCUCUAUCGGGUGGAUACGACGAUGAUAUAGACCUGGGUAAUGGAUUUACCUACACUGGCUCUGGAGGGCGCGACCUCAAGGGUACUAAGGACAAGCCUAAAAAUCUUCGCACCGCCCCUCAAAGCUCAGACCAAACAUUUGAGAACAAUUUCAACAAGGCAUUGAAGAUCUCAUCGGAGACGAAACGCCCAGUGCGAGUUAUUCGAGGAUACAAGUUGCGUUCUCCAUUUGCUCCUGUUGAAGGGUACCGCUACGACGGGCUCUAUACUGUGGAGAAAGCAUGGCAGGAAAUCGGAGUCAAUUCGAAGUACAUGGUUUGCAAGUUUGCUUUUAAGCGUCUUCCUGGACAGCCCCCGCUGCCAAAGAGAGAUCUUGAUGCUGACACCGACGAGGAUACAGCAAGUGAUGAAGACGAAGACAAAACUCGGGUCGCGUCCACGCAGGAUGCUGGUUCAUCAACGCUUAUGGACGAGGAUGACGACGCGGAGGGAGAGGUUGAUGAGGACGCAUGAUUAUUUUCGGACCACGGAAGCAUCUCGACUGACGCGAUCUAGAGAUUGAUAUUGACAUUGUUCGCAUUCUUGCUUGUGAUAAU